CGCUGACCUGCAAUGAGUUAGCAGCCGGGCUGAAGGCUGGGUUGUUAUUGUGGGACUCAAAGUGGUCUGUGUCUCAGACCCUUAUUGUUCAAGUUCGUUUUGACUUUUGUGGUAGUAAUUUGAUCCCUAACGGCUAUUCCAGGAAAAUUUGGGCUGACGGUAGAAGACAGAAUCUGCAAAGAGGUAAUGAACCAGGCUGGGACAGACACCAUUUGAGGACAUGAGCUGAAUGCACUGCAGAGAAAUGAGAGCACACCUGUAGCUAUUUGUUACCUUGAAGCAAGGCUUUAGAGUGGGCCCAGUGAGGAUCCAAACAUGACCAAGGAGGAGGAGCUACCAGACUGGCAUUCGGCCCAGGAAUUUUAUAAGAAUUAUGACCCGAAGGAAAUUCUGGGCAGAGGGGUAAGCAGCGUGGUUCGUCGGUGCAUUCACAAACCCACCAGCCAAGAGUAUGCGGUUAAGAUUAUAGACAUCACCGCUGGUAAUUUAUCCCCAGAGGAGGUCCAGGAGCUGAGGAAAGCCACUAUCAAGGAGAUAGACAUCCUUCAGAAGGUCUCAGGACAUCCCAAUAUCAUUCAGCUGAAGGAUAGUUAUGAAUCCCACACCUUUUUCUUCUUGGUGUUUGACCUAAUGAAGAGAGGAGAGCUCUUUGAUUACCUCACAGAGAAAGUCACCUUAAGUGAGAAGGAAACCAGGAAGAUCAUGCGUGCACUGCUGCAAGUGAUCCAGUACCUCCAUUCCAUGAACAUUGUCCACAGAGACCUGAAGCCGGAGAACAUUCUCCUGGAUGACAACAUGAACAUCAAGCUGACGGACUUUGGCUUCUCCUGCCAGUUGAAUGGGGAUGAGAAGCUCAAAGAAAUCUGUGGCACUCCUGGUUAUCUAGCUCCUGAAAUAUUAGAGUGCUCCAUGGAUAAGGACCAUCCAGGGUAUGGAAAGGAAGUUGACAUGUGGAGUAGUGGCGUGAUCAUGUACACCCUGCUGGCUGGCUCCCCGCCCUUCUGGCACCGGAAGCAGAUGCUCAUGCUGCGGAUGAUCAUGAGUGGGAAUUACCAGUUCAGCUCUCCAGAGUGGGAUGAUCAGUCAGACACAGUCAAAGAUCUGAUUUCCCGGCUCCUGGUGGUGAAUCCUAAGAAGCGCUACACAGUCAAUGAUGCGCUGGCCCACCCGUUUUUCCAGCAAUAUGUCGUGGAAGAAGUACGGCACUUCAGCCCUUUAAGGAAACUUAAGGUCAUCUGCCUGACAGUUCUGGCAUCAGUCCGCAUCUAUCAUCACUAUCGGAAUGUCAAGCCAAUUACCAGGGAGGUAAUAAUGAGAGACCCCUACGCUCUGAAACCCAUUCGCAAACUGAUUGAUGCCUGUGCCUUUAGAAUCUAUGGACACUGGGUGAAGAAAGGAGAAGCACAAAACAGAGCAGCCUUGUUUGAGAACACUGCAAAGGUGAUUUUGCUGAGCUUAGCCGCAGAGGAAGCAUUAUUUUGAUUUAUCCCUGAAUAAAACUGCUUCAGCAGCG